UAGUGGUCUUUUUCGUCCUUGCUCCCUUCGUACUCGCACAGUAGCCUUUUCUUCUACUUUACCCACUUUCUUUAUCGCGAUCCAUUCUUGGCUUUUCCCUCAGUUGGUUGGCCGAAUCGGCGGGCAUUGUUGUCUAUUUAUCGCACCUUUUACCCUCCCCGCCUUUGGAUUUCUCAUCGUUCUAUCUGGGAGAGAGGAUUUGUAGGUUGGGGAAAAAACAAAAAGGCUAAAAUGACGAAGGUACCGCUGCCACCGUCGCCGACUGGGUCGGUGACCUACGAGCCUGAGCACGUCAUGAACUAUAGAGGUGGAUCGGUGCUGGGGAAGAAGACAAUUCUGAAGAGUGACCACUUCCCUGGCUGCCAAAACAAGCGCCUCACUCCGCAGAUUGACGGCGCUCCCAAUUACAGGCAGGCUGGAUCUUUGCCAGUUCAUGGAGUUGCUAUUCCUACAAUCAAUGGAAUCCGAAAUGUACUUGUUCAUAUUGACGCACGACAAAAUGGAAAGCAGAAGAAAGUACUUUGGCAUAAUCUCCGUGAAGAACCAGUUGUAUACAUAAAUGAUCGUCCCUUUGUAUUGCGAGAUGUGGAAAAGCCCUUCUCCAACCUUGAGUACACGGGAAUAAACAGUGUUAGAGUUGAACAAAUGGAAUCUCGCUUAAAAGAAGAUAUCCUUAUAGAAGCAGCCCGAUACGGGAGUAAAAUCCUUGUAACCGACGAACUGCCAGAUGGUCAGAUGGUGGACCUGUGGGAGCCAGUGACACGGGAUUAUGUUAAGACUCCCUUGGAGGUUUAUCAAGAGUUACAGAUGGAAGGUUUCCUUGUUGAUUAUGAGCGGGUUCCUAUAACAGAUGAAAAAUCCCCUAAAGAGCGAGACUUUGAUGAUUUGGUGCAUCGGAUUUCUCAAGUGGAAAAUGAUACUGAAUAUAUUUUCAAUUGUCAAAUGGGUAGGGGAAGAACUACGACAGGGAUGGUGAUAGCUACUCUGGUUUACCUUAAUCGUAUUGGAGCAUCUGGCAUUCCAAGGACACAUUCCAUUGGAAAAAUCUACAAUAAUGGAUUAGAUGUCUCUGAUAAUAUGCCUAAUUCUGAGGACGCUGCUCGGAGAGGUGAAUACCCUGUUAUUAGAAGCCUAAUUCGUGUACUGGAGGGCGGAUUAGAGGGAAAAAGGCAGGUGGAUAAAGUUAUUGAUAAGUGUGACGCCAUGCAGAAUUUGAGAGAAGCUAUCGGCAAUUAUCGUAACAACAUACUUCGUCAGCCUGAUGAAAAGAAGAGGGAAGCCUCACUUUCCUUCUUUGUUGAAUACUUGGAAAGAUAUUACUUCCUUAUCUGCUUUGCUGUUUACAUCCAUACAGAAAGAGCAGUUCUUCAUGCAAUUUCAUCUGAGAGAAAUACAUUUUCAGACUGGAUGAGAGCAAGACCUGAACUGUAUAGCAUACUUCGCAGUUUAAGAAUCGCUCAACCCUGUGCUGCAGAGGAAUCUAUGGAUAUUGAAAUCUAG